AUGCAGUAUCCGAGCAAGAAGGUCAGCAUCACGCCCUGCUCCGCGUGCUGCUCCAGUGAGAAACCCACCACAGCCAGUAUGACUGAGAAGGCGGUGUGGGAUAAGGAAAAUGUGAAGCACUUCUGUGACAUAUGCAUGCGUGAGGUUAAUGCUGGGCAUAGGCCAUUAGGUCAUUUGAACAAAGUCGGAUGGAAGAAUGUUGCAGAAAAGUUUGAACACAUAACUGGUUGGAAACUAGAACAUUUGCAACUCAAGAAUAAAUGGGAUAGUCUGAAAAGAAGUUAUACUGUUUUUAUGGAGUUAAAAAAUGCUGCCACUGGACUUGGUUGGAAUGAUGAAAAGCAGACCGUAGAUUGUUCAAAUGAAUGGUGGAACGAGCAUCUUGCGAGAUGUCACGAUCCAAGUAAUGGAAGGAAAUGCAAACAUGUUCAGUUUAGAAAACGUGGUCCGGACAACUUGGAGGCGAUGCACAUCAUGUUUGGAAGUGCACAUGUUACUGGGGCAUCUGCUUCCAUACCGGGAGAUUUGUCUGAUAAUUGCAGUGAUGAUGAAGUGCAUGAGCUUGAGAGAAGCCCCUCAAAUAUCGACAUGUCCAACCUAGGCAUGGACGAUUUGGCAAAGAAGGGUCACAAUGGACUUCAACUUCUAGCCGAGUUGUCCAAGCAGGCUGCCACCAUUGGACAUUUAGGUGACCAGUACACCGAAAGAUGCUUACAGCCGCGAGAUGAGGACGACACCGAGGAACCAGAAGUGGCGCAACUAGAAGUGGAUGAAAUUAUUGAGGAGGAGAACGAGGUUACCAUGAACAUUGUUCGUGAUAACAUAGCUAAUGCUUUGAUUAGUUGA